UUAUGUAUGCUGCAAAUAAGUCACGCAGAAAGGUUUCAUCAAUUCGAAAAAGCUUUGCGUUGAAACAAGUUUAAGUAAAACCGGUGAGAGAUAGAAGUAUGUAAAGCAAAAACGUUGCGAAGACAU